UAUGUUCAUCUCGUCUGCUUCAGCUCCGCUCUGAGUGACCGACCAAUACGCACGACAUCGAGCACAUUACAAGAAUUGGAGAUACUAAAGUUUUUGGAUAUAAAUGCUCCAGCAGUGGCCCUCAACAUCGUCGACUUUAUGGACUCUAUCUCAGGGUGGUUCCUGCCCGAGUCUGAUGGAGCAUAAGUGGCUUAAUUUGUCAGUUUUAAGGUCAUAUACUCUUGGGUUGAAGUUGGAAAAUGAGCAAAGCAAAGUUUUCGGUCGGCAAAUCAAGAGAACAUGCCUAUGUGCCAGUCAGAGGCCUAGACAAGAUUCAUCAGUCAAGAAAAAAGCGUUUCCCCAAAACGUCGAUCUUCCACCAAUAUUGCCUAAGAAAAAGAAGAAACCCUAUCCAGUCCCUCUGAAAAAGAUUCUGCGGGAAUCGAGAAUGAACAAAAAGCUUGCUCAAAUGGGUAUAGAGAAGCCCCUUGAACCUCCGAAAAAUGGCUUGCUAGUACCUGGUCUGAUUCCAGCGGCUUAUGAUGUCCUGGAUGCCUGGAAAGUUCUGAUCAAAGGCGUUGCACAGCUCUUGCAUGUUAUUCCUGUAUAUGGUUGCAGUAAAUGCCCGGAAGUUCAUGUGGCUGAGACUGGCCAUAAAAUUCAGGACUGCCUAGGUUCAGCUAAUGCAAAGCGUAAUAGCUCCCACUCAUGGGUGCGGGGCUCCAUCAAUGAUGUUCUACUCCCUGUCGAGUCAUAUCACCUCUAUGAUCCUUUUGGAAGGCGCGUCAAGCAUGAGACUCGUUUUGAUUAUGAUAGAAUUCCAGCUGUUGUAGAGCUAUGCAUCCAAGCUGGCGUGGAAAUACCCGAAUACCCAUCGCGUCGAAGAACCAAACCGAUCAGAAUGAUUGGAAAGAAAGUUUUUGAUCGAGGUGAAUAUGUAGAAGAGCCUAGGCCAUGGUGUUCGGCGGAUUUGUCUGCACUUGUCGAUUUCGAUACUCAUGGGGCUUGCGAGCGAUUCCCACCUCCUUUGUUGUCGGAGGUACCUAGGAUAGCACAAGAGACGAUGGAUGCAUACCAGACCGUCCGAUCUGGUGUCCAGAGAUUGAUGAAGAAAUAUACAGUCAAGGCUUGUGGAUACUGCUCCGAGGUUCAUGUGGGGCCUUGGGGCCACAAUGCAAAGCUCUGUGGGGAAUUCAAGCACCAAUGGAGGGAUGGUAAGCAUGGCUGGCAGGAUGCCACAUUGGACGAAGUUUUCCCUCCAAACUAUGUGUGGCACGCGCGGGACCCGAAGGGACCUCCUCUGACAAGCGCGCUCAAGUCAUAUUACGGUAAGGCUCCCGCCGUCGUAGAACUCUGCAUGCAGGCAGGUGCACAGAUACCCGAGAUAUACAAACCGAUGAUGAGGCUCGACAUUAUAAUACCUGAGUCCGAUGAGGCUCGCUUAGUCGCAUGAGGGAAUUCGAUGUUGGCAACUCCCGAAAUUCAGAGCGAAUGGAGACUCGUGGUUGAUUGCUGAUGCUGUCCAAGUCUCCAGUUGAUCUCAAGAGGUAGGGAAAACGUAAUCAAUUAAUCGUGUUGAGUCGAGAUCCCUGCGUCCCCCAGCUAUGUUUUGAGGAUCAAUUUGGGACAAGAAGGUUGUGAUAUAGGAUUAACCCGGAUUGGAUUGGGGUUCUUUACGGCGGAUUUUCGAGGAUUUUCUUCUGUAACUUUCGUGAUCAUCGUCUGAAACUUUCGACUUGUAAUUACUGUUGGAGGAAGACAUUAUCAAGGAGGCACCUCUCUCUUUAGAUGUCCAUAUCAGGCAGCAUUAGACUCUGCAUGUUUAUGUAAAAAAGUGCAGAUCUCUUCGUCCCGUGUUCUCAAGCUACACCGUAUGAGGUGCUUCUUUUCCUCUGUUACAAAGAAAAGAGAGCUCCUAUUUUUGAAGGUUC